GGAAUCCAUAUCUAAAUUAAACAUGCCUUUGUCCAUAUGCUCACUGUCCAUUUCAAGACAUGCAUCAGGUGAUUCUAGUUCUGUUGUUGGUGUUGGUGACGAUUGAUGUGUGCGAACUGGUUAACGAUUGUCCUAAUUUGAGGACACCGUUGAAUUUGAUGAGGAGGAAGAGGUAUCUGGCUUUUCCUGAUAACAGCGAUGUUGUGUUGACAGCAUCCCUACUGACAGCCUUCCUGACUCACAUACCAGCUGGCUGGAACCUGGCUUUAGAGAUUGACGUGCUCUUCCCGCUACCAGACCUGAACUUUACGGUGGCGCACGCGCACAAGAAGAAACUCCAUCACCGGCAGAAGAAGGAGCUAUGGACGCGGUUUGAAGACGCGUUGUCUUUUCACAAUCUAGACGGGCGUGCGUGUGUGCUUAAAAGCAUAUGUGAAGCCAAGGUCUACCUAGCGCCUCCAGGGAAAUCACUGGUCCAUGACAUAUUAAGAGCCGUAUUCGCAGUCCCAGAAAUGGAUCAAGAAUUCCGUAACGAGGUGGAAGGAUUCUACGAUGAGCUUCUGACCCCCGACUACUGUGAGAAGAUAGGAUCCUGUCCUGUGUCCCUACUGCACUUUAUUUUGGUAUUAAAUGAGAGGAAGCAUUAA